AUGUUCGACGACAACAAGCUCGUUCGGAAGCUGUUGCGGGAGCAGCAUGAUAUUGAUUGGACCGUGGUUUCGACCGGGCUGUUCACGUCGUACUUGUUUCUCCCGUCGUUCGGCGUUGUCGAUGCCAAGAAGAGAGUGGUGAGGGCCUUGGGAAGUUGGGAGAACAAAACCACAAUCACUCUACCCGAGGACAUCGGCAAGAUGGUCGCCGAGGUGGUGUAUGCGCCUUCGAAGGAGGGUUCGGACCACAUGGUCUACCUGAGUGGGGAUACCAUCACAUACAGCAGGCUUGCUGACCUGGUCGAGGAGCACUUCAAAGCCGAGUUCACGAGGGAGUUGUGGACCAUCCCGAAGAUGGCGGCGAGCUCAGAGACGCUUGCGGUGAUGAAGUCGCCGCUCUGA